AUGACCUCGACUGGACUGCCGGCCGACAACGUGCCGGGAAACAUGGAGGCGCGCGAGCCGAAGGGUGACGAGAUCACCUACAUUACGCCCGAGAAGGCGCUCGAGCUCUGGGGCGACAACAUCAUGCGCUACGAGGGCAUGAGCUACCUCUGGAACGACGGACAGUUCAUCGACCACUACUACCACUUCGCCGCCGAGUUGUUCCUCGGCACCUGGCGCGUCCACGCGACUCUCGACCCGCACAUCGACGAGAAGGGUCACUCUUCGCUCGAGUACCCUGCCCGUGCAAUCUUCUUCCACCAGGACCACCUGCAGUGGCGCGACUACAGCAAUUUCAACAGCUACAUGUGGGACGGACUGUUCCCGAACAGCGCGAUGCUGUUCCCGCGCGACAUGGAGGACCUCGGCAAGAUCACGGCUCACGGCUCGAUCAAGAAGGCGUACCAGCUCGAGGUCGCGAUUCUGGCGGACCGCUCGGCGGCGUUCCGCGGAGAGUUUACUGGCCCGACUGCGCGCACCGUCGCCUCUGCCAAUGCGCUUGGCACCGUUUCCCGCUGGUGGUGGGAGCCGAUCCGACGACAGAUGCUGCGCUUCUCGGGUGUCCCGGAGGACGUCAUCAACCGCUCUCUCGAGGGUUACGGAGCCGUCAACCCCGACUUCACCGAGGGCACGGUCGACGCGCCGCAGUACGCUGGCCUGAAGCCCCUGACCAAGCCGGGAGACUACAAGCCCGUGGUGACGUACAUCUCGCGACCGCCGCCGCGUCGUUCGCUGACCGGAUCCUCGCACGCCGCUCUCGUCGCGGCGCUGAAGGAGGCGGCCCCGAAGCUCGGUUUCGAGCUCAACAUUGUCAACAUGGGCAAGCUCAGCAAGGAAGAGCAGGUGCAGCUUGCGGCGCGCACGACGAUCAUGAUCGGCGUGCACGGCAACGGCCUCACGCACCUCGUCUGGAUGCCGCCCACCCCGCGCAGCGCCGUCAUCGAGCUCUUCUGCCGCGGCGGCUUCGCAAAGGACUACCAGUGGACGGCGCAGGCGCUCGGUAUUCGCCACUUUGCGGUGCAGCACGACCUCGUCGCCACGAGCCCGAAGGAGUUCAAGGUCGACUACCCUGACGGAGACGAGGGAUUCCAGUCUGACCGCAUCACCGUCGACCCGCAGACUGUCAUUGACAUCAUCCGCGUGCGCCUCGAGGGCAAGUCGUUCGCCAGCGCGCGCAACGGCCCCUUCCGUCCCGCCGAUGACCUGCAGCCCAAGGGGCUCUGA